CGAAUUUAUUAAAGAAACAAAACUUUGUUUCUAAGAAUUCUAAAUUUUGUACGGAUACAUCCAUACCAUAAAUAUUACUUGAAUUACUUAUUCAAUCACUUUAUCUGCAAAAAUCACGCAGUAGGGAUUUCCCUGGAAACGUGGUAAAAGAGCGGUAGGAUAUGGCAACUCUUAGAUCAAUAAAUUACAAUUUCGCCUAACUUACGGCAGUUUUGUGCGGACCGGCUUCCGGGGAUGCACAAAACAACUGUCCACCGGGGUAAAACUGACAUUGGUUCUUCUGGCAAUUAAAAUGGAGAAUUUUGAUCCAGCACCAAUGGAAGGAGAGUUGCUGCUACAGGAGAGACAUGGAACCAAGCAGAGAUUCUAUGUUCAGCCUCCAGCGCAAAAUAAGAUUGUUGUAUGUGACAAAGAAAAGGCAAGCAAAAUAACAACUUGGCUGAAAAGCAUAUUUUUGCCACAAGGGUUUCCAUACAGCAUCAGUAAGGACUAUGUUGAAUAUCAGAUAUUCGACACUGCUCAAGCUUUUUGCAGUACCAUCACAGGUAUUUUGGCGACAAAGGAAGUUAUGAAGGGGGUGGGAGUGGGGGACUUAGCUGCCACCCCGUUGGCUGCUACGGUCACAUGGGUGUUGAAAGACGGUUGUGGUCAUCUUGGAAGAAUCCUGUUCGCCUACACUCAUGGGAGCUACCUAGACGCCUAUUGCAAGACCUGGCGCCUGUAUGCCGACGUGCUGAAUGACGUGGCUAUGGUCAUAGAGCUGACAUUGCCACACUAUUUCGAGUUCACCACCGUUGCACUGUGCUUCAGCACCACCUUGAAGGCGAUCGUUGGCGUAGCAGGGGGCGCUUCACGCACGGCGUUAACGCAACACCACGCGGUACGCAGUAAUCUCGCCGACGUCACCGCUAAAGACGCGGCCCAAGAGACAGCAGUCAAUCUAUUCGCGUCAGUCGUCGCUAUACUGAUACUUACAUACUGCGGGACCAGUUUCGGUCUAUAUCUAUUUUUGAUUAUGACGCACUUGGCUUGCAAUUAUUGCGCUGUGAAAGCAGUAUGCUUAGAAACAUUUAAUCCGCCUCGUUUCAUGCUUUCCUUAGACUCUAUACUAAAACAUGAACAGUAUCCUGGAGUACGACAUGUCAAUUAUAAAGAGCCGAUAUUCCACUUGCAUAAAUCUAGGACGGGCGAAGAGUACUCUGGCUUCAAAAUAAAGCUCGGCUCGUCUGCCAAGGACUCCGUCUUGAGCACCACCCCGGUGCCAUAUUUCAAAAAGCUUUUAGAAGUCUAUAAAGCGAAACCAUUCGUUCCAUUCCUGAACCUGCGCACCCGGGUCGUGAACGUCCUGCUGAAGGACAAUGCGAGGGCCGUGGAUGUGCUGGAGGCUUAUUACCAUGGGAUUCUCUUCAUUUUGGCGACCCUCGCUGUUAAUGAUAUUAAUAUUCCGUUCCUCGAGUUCGCGUCGGUGUUCAACGGCAGCGAGUGGGCGCAGACCCGCGCGCGUCACGGCGGCGUGUACCAGUACGAGCUGUCGGAGCAGGCGAUCGAGUUCCUGCAGAACCUGCUCAGCCUGGAGUGGGUGCGCGUGCAAGAUGGCCUGGAGGUUACCGGAUGGAACGUGCACCGCCACCAAAUGGUAGUAGACGAGUGGCGUCACCACGCCGAGGGGCUAUUCGACGAUUUCCCCCAAGAGCCGGUUGACCUGGACCCCCCGCUACUCAACCCCCUGCCGUCCCUGGAAAACCCCAUAUCCGCUAGAGCUCUGGUCAAUGGCCGCUGGAACACCGCAAGGGCCUCUAACCGUAAUAGCGACUACAUCAGGGCCUGGGUGAACGGGCAUGAAAAUGAUAUGAAUGACAACGACCGAGUGGUGAUCGAUGAUGAUUACGAAGCUGGACCCUCGGGGGUACGCAACUACGUGUACAUAGCACCGUCUGAUGAUGAUGAUAGCUAUUCCGAUUAAACUGCUCCCGAUUGACCCUGAAAUUUCUUUAAUAUUCGUUGUACGGUCUUAUUUGUGCUCGAAAUUUCAAAUUUGUUUAAUAUGUAUUACCUCUUUGAUGAUUAUUGUUUAACAAUAUUGAAUUGCCUACAUUAUUUUGCUGACCGUACUAAAAAUUCGCCCGGUGCAGGAGUAUUUAUUAUUGCGUUACUUUUGUUUUCUAGUACCACAAUCAUAAUGACUGAUUUUGAUGCUAAAAGAAAUUUCAGAGUUCAAUUCAUUAUAAUUACGUUUACUGUUUAUUUUGUCUGUUUACACUUUCACGGGAACUGUGUUGAUUUUUUAAUAUUAUUUGUCCACGGCUUAUGCACAAUUAAUUCUUAAGUAUUUACGUUAAGUUUUUUGAUAUUUUAAUGAGUUCUGUGUGUAAGAGGAUGAGGGAAGGCGCAACAAGGUGCGGUAAGAAUGAAAUAAUCUGGUUUGAAUCGAAGUGUGAAACGCUACUUUCAACUUGUAUUAUUUGAUAUAUUUUUUAGAACAUGUGCAUUUAUUAUUGUAUAUUUUAACAGAAAUAUUUAGAAUAUCGUUUUGAUUUAAAUCUUUUUCACUCUUAUGCAUAGUCCUUCAAAAUGAAUUCCAUUUUGUCGUCUAUUUUUCUAUUUUUAUAACCCUGAAAUUUAUAUUUUACGAGGGAAAUGGAAUCUUCAUAAAACGAAUUACGAGGCGGACUCAAGAAAAAGGACUUUUACUAUUAGGUUUAGCGUUUAAGCUCUCUCCCCGUGGGUGCGGUUGGAAUGUAAACUCGCUGAUAUGUUUAUAUACUUAUAAUUUUAUUUGAGUUAUAUUUAAUACUUGGUUGAUUUUAUGUGAGGUUGAUUGAUUUGAUUUUACGUGGUAUUUGGUUACUAAGAAAAUAGGAAUUUUCUCAUAAACUCUUCUCGAAAAUUUUCUUACCUUUUAUUGAUUUGUUUUUUUUUAUGCAUGGUUGUGUUUGAAAGAGUAUACAAUUAUUUUUCGGGUCGAUACACCCCUCAAAUAUAUUUAGGGCAAAGACUACAACUCCAU